UAUGUUGAAGACAUAUCGCGGAUUCUCGUCUGAUGGACUGCUGCGGCUUCUCAACUCGGUCCUCUCCGCGAUUCAGAAGCAAUGGCGCCAGGGCUGCAGAUGCCAAGAUGUCGCUGACACCCAGCCAGUUUGUCGAUUCAGUGUGGGGUCCAUCGGCGACCACCCACAGGCUGCCAAUCGCGAAACGUCCAAAAAGCCAAUGGCUGGCGGCUGUGCAGACUCUAGUGGUUGGGAUCAUCGGUCUUGGUCAUCGACUGCAGAGGAACACGAAGUUGGAAGGCGACAUUGACCCGCAAAAAGCGUUUCAUUCGAAUGAACCGACAGGCUGAACCGGAGGCAAAUGGAAGAUAGGAAGCCUUA